AUGGACAGAACGGAGAGUGGUGGUAGUCGUCAAAAUCGGCGACCACGCCGAGAAAAUACGGGAGGUGACCCUCACCUUGCUGCACGAGGCUCAAACGCGUCGAAUUUUCAGCUGAACGUUCCACCGCCACCUCCGCCUCCUUCGAAGUCCGGCCAAGAUGCGCGGGACACGCGGCACGAACGGCAUGAGGGCCAAGGAGCCUGUGCUGCUGGAGCUUGUCAUCCGGGUUACGGCGGUGUCCCGGCGGCUCCGGCAGGUUCCUUCCCUCCAUACAACCAGAUGAGGGACCCGAGGGACCCAAGGGACCCACGGGACCGACGUCUGCAGCAGGAGGGCUAUCCGGUCGCCCACCGACCACAAGGCACUGCGCAGUUCAAGCAGAUGCCGCACAACCUGCAACAGCCUCCGCAUCAAGCCCCAUUGCAGCAUCUUCUCGCUACCGGGCCAGUUUCCAUGCCGACGCCUUCACCCAGUGCACAUGAUCGUGAAGAAGUCAUUCGCGAGGCUUGCAAGGCCCACGACAUCGCUAAAGCGGUCAUGAUGAUCGCAAACCUUUCAGAUGAUGAUGGACUGCAGAUCCUCCCGAACGUUCUGGAGGAUCUCAAUCAAGCGUUGCAAGAAGUAGCGCAGAGCGAUGGCGAGGAGGGAAGACUAAGAUCCGUUCCUGCGGAGCACUUGGCGGAGCUCGCCUACCAAAUGGGAAGGAUUCCGGUGUCGCCCGGCCAGCAGCCCGUCGUUGCCAGGAUUAUGCAGGUGACGGCGGAGAAGGCAAAAUACAGGACGGAGGAGUUGCCUCCUCGCUGCCUGUCCCGCAUGGUCUGGGGUUUUGCAGGGGCCAGUGCCCGCAAUGAUCCACUCAUGUCGGUUGUGGCUGCAGCAGUCGUGAACAAGAGCAGAGGCUUCAACCACGAGGAGCUCUCCAACACUGCUUGGGCUUUUGCGAAGUGUGGGCUGUGGAAUGCUCAGCUCGCUCAGUGUCUAGCGCGCGAGUGCAUGGAAAAGAUGGAGACCUUCAGCACGCAGAGCCUGGCAAGCAUCUCCUGGGCCAUGGCGCAGUGGGGCGCCCGAGAGGAGCCGCUCUUGAAGGCGAUUGCCCAGACGCUCUACAGGCAAAGAGACAACUUUGAGCCUGCCCAGAUGUCCAUGGUUUCGUGGGCGUUUUCGACGCUGAGUUUCAAAUACGAUCCGCUCCUGAAUGCGAUCUCAGCUGAGUCGAUCAACCAGAUCGGCAACUUCACCAAUCCAGAGUUGGCACACCUUGCUUGGGCGUUUGCCAACCUGAGAGUCCAGGACAGAGGCCUCUACCUGGCCAUCGCUCAGCAAGUGCAGAGGAAUUCGGCCGGCCCGGCCACCAUGGAGCCUGCGGAAAUUGCCAACAUAGCUUGGGCCUUCGCAAAGAACCAGAUGGGAACCGAUUCGGUGAUGAGGUUCAUUGCAGAGCAAGCAGAGCCGCAAAUUGGCAGUUUCAAGGCCGCAGAGAUCACGAUGCUCACCUGGGCCUUUGCUGUCACGGGGCAGCAACAUUUUGGUCUGAUGUCGGAGAUUGGCUCGAAGGUUGCCAAGAGGGCUGAAAAGUUCACCCCAUCGCAGCUGGCCCACGUGACUUGGGCCUUUGGAGCGCUGGGAAUGAGGCAAUCCGACUUGUGCGAGAAGGUGGCCAUGUGUUUUGAGACCAACAAGGCCGGCUUCACGGCCCAAGGUCUGGUGCAGAUCGUAUGGGGCUUUGCAAUGGUCCAGUAUCGGCACAAAGGCUUCAUGGAGUCUGUCGCGCCUCACAUCAUCCAGGGCAUUUCGGAUCUGAAGCCACUCGCCCUGUGGCGCUGUGCUUGGGCGUACAACACGCUGUUGGUGAGCCAUGCAGAGCUCAGAAAGGCCAUCUUGGCUGCAGCAGUGGCAAGGGUCAACGAGUUUUCCCUCAAGGGCUUGGCCCGGCUAGUUGAGUGCUACAAGAUUGGCCACCAUACCGAGAACCAAGCCGGUCUGGAAAAGCACUUGAAGGAACGGCUGUCAAUGGCCGUGGAAGGCUUUAACAAAUUGUUUCCGGAUUUUGAUUCCCUUCAUGACGUGAUGAAUUCCGAGGCUCUGCCCCCAUUGCAGAGCAUCGGCAUGGCUGAUCUGAAGGUCUUUGCCACCGAGACCAUCCUUGCAGAGCUUGGAUUUACAACGCCGAACUGGAGCUUCGUAUCGCGAUGCUUGAAGGAGGUUCACAUGCGGUGCUUACCAGACUGCGUGGGCUUCGAGAUUCAGGCCGAGAACGUGCACCAGCAGGUGCAAAUUAGUGAGUUCUGCGUGCGAGCUUUCGGCGAGGGAUCGGAUAACUCCGAGUCAUACAUCGAGGCGACCGAGCUCCUUGUACCGGAUCUUUUCGGGGGUACGCCGGCGAGUGAGGCGGUGCUUGUCGCCUUGGGAGAAGCAAGCGUUCAUGUGUACAGGAGCUUGCUUGUGAAUCCGCAGUCUAGUGAAGAUUGCAAGGCGGUGAUUGGCUAUUUGCGGAUGUUCUUGUCGCAGAUCCCAUCCUUCAGCAUCAUCUCGCUGUUGGUUCAGUGGCGGACAAGAUUCCCCAAUGUUCAAAUCGAGUUUGUGGAGAUGCAGAUGACAGCUCCGAAGACGGUUUCGAAGAGCAUAGGGAUGGAGAACCAAUAG